AUGCACGCAGCGCGGCGCAGGGAAAACACGUGUGUGAGUCGCUCGCGCUUUUACGACGCUCGUCUCGAAUAUUAUGAAUUAGUCUAUAUUCAAACCAUGACUCCAAUAAAUGAAGAGAGCUUAGAGCCGCCACAUAUAGUUGUCCUGGAUGGUGGAUUCUCAACGCAACUUUCUUGUCACGUAGGUCAUGUCAUUGACGGUGACCCUCUUUGGAGCGCCCGCUUCUUGCAUACACACCCCAACGAGGUCGUGAAUACUCAUCUUGACUUCCUUAGAGCUGGCGCAGAUUUAAUUAUUACAAAUACGUAUCAGGCGUCAGUUGAUGGCUUCGUGGAGCACCUAGACGUGACCCCCGAACAAGCUUUAGACCUCAUAACACGCGCCGUAGAUCUGGCUAAACAAGCGCGUACAUUGUAUCUUGAAGAAUAUCAAGAUUAUAUACAGAAUGGUGAUGUCCCAUUAGUAGUGGGAUCAGUGGGACCAUAUGGUGCUCAUUUGCACGAUGGAUCGGAAUACGACGGCAGUUAUGCAGACACUACAUCUGUUCAAACAAUGCGUGAAUGGCACAGACCCCGUAUUCAAGCACUCGUAGAAGCCGGAGUGGACUUAUUGGCAUUAGAAACUAUUCCCUGUCAAGAAGAGGCGGAGAUGUUGUGUGAUUUGUUACGUGAAUUUCCCAAUGUUAAAGCUUGGUUGGCCUUUAGUUGCAAGGAUAACCAAAGCAUAGCACAUGGGGAGAGUUUUCAAAAGGUAGCAAAAAAAUGUUGGGAAGCAAAUCCGGAUCAGCUUGUGGCAGUUGGAGUGAACUGUUGUGCGCCGUCAUUUGUCUCCACUCUGUUAAAUGGAAUUAAUGAUGAUCGACCGAACUCUCCUAUUCCUCUCAUCGUAUAUCCUAAUUCCGGAGAAAAAUACAAUCCUCAAAUAGGUUGGAUAGACCGCGAUAAAUGCGAGCCAGUAGAAAAAUUCAUUCAAGAAUGGCUGGAGUUGGGCGUGCGGUACAUUGGGGGCUGCUGCCGUACUUAUGCUGCCGACGUUUCGCGCAUCCGCAAUCAAGUAUAUUGUUGGCGAGACCGUUGGCGCUUCAACAGACAUCGAGAAACUACGACCAACGCCAAA